GCUAUCGUAAAUGAUGUACUCUUAUAUAAAAGACCUGAUAACUCUUGUUUUUUUUAAUUGACGAUAUGUGGCAAAGAAAGCUAUUUGUGUUUUUCAUCGGGGUGACUCUAGCUUCAGCUGGGAGGGCUCCAAAUGCCGACUACAUUGAGGAAUUGGUCCAAAAUGAGAGUUUUGGUCCACGAUUUUCGGAUAAUUUAUUAGAAGACGCCAGAUUGGAUGUCCCAGAACUCGUCCGAAAAUACAGAUAUCCAUUGGAAGUACACGAGGUGACGACUUCAGAUGGAUAUAUUCUACGAAUGCACCGUAUUCCUCACGGCCGAGACCAGAACAAUGUGCCGGGGAUGAAGAAACCUGUAGUAUUUCUAAUGCAUGGAUUGCUCAGUUCCUCCGCUGAUUGGAUUGUUAUGGGGCCUGGCAAUGCUUUUGGUUAUAUCCUAGCGGAAUAUGGAUUCGACGUUUGGAUGGGCAACGCCCGCGGUAACUACUAUUCCCGUAGACACGUCCGUUUAAAUCCCAACUCUAUAUUCAGCAACGCUUUCUGGGAAUUCUCCUGGGACGAGAUUGGAAAUCUUGACUUACCAGCAAUGAUAGAUUAUGCUUUAAAUCACACGGGACAAAAAAAACUUCAUUACGUUGGUCAUUCUCAAGGCACGACUGCAUUCUUCGUCAUGGGUUCACUUCGGCCUGAGUUUAACAACAAAAUAUUAUCUAUGCAUGCUUUUGGUCCCGUUGCGUACAUGGCGCAUAACAAGAGUCCUUUGUUAACCGCAAUUUCACCAUUUGCUAACAGAAUCGAGGAUCUUGCUUCUCUUAUUGGCAUAGGUGAAUUUAUGCCAAAUAAUUUAAUAAUGACUUGGGCCGGCCAAGCUAUGUGCAGGGAUGAAGUGGUGACGCAGGCGAUCUGUAGUAACAUAUUGUUUCUGAUUGGAGGAUGGAAUGAAGCGCAACACAAUGCUACAAUGUUACCGGUAAUACUAGGCCACGCCCCCGCCGGUGCUGCAGUAAGACAGUUCGUUCACUACGGACAAAGUAUCGCUGGUAAAGAGUUCCGCCGCUACGAUCAUGGCUGGAUGACUAAUUUACGUGUUUACGGCAACAUGAGACCACCGAAAUAUGAUUUGGGCAAUAUUAAAGCUCCCGUAUUUUUACACUACACGUACAACGACCCACUGUCUCAAGUCGAAGAUGUUGAUCGUCUUCAUAAUGAGCUGGGAGCGAGUACCAAAAUGCUUGUACCCUUACCUUUAUUCAAUCAUUUAGAUUUCAUAUGGGGAAUAGAUGCAAAGGAAUUGUUGUUUGACGGCGUUAUUAAAAUUAUGCGAUCUAUUCGUGUAUAAUUUUAAUAUGGAAUUACAAAGAAGAAGAAAAUGCUCGUGUACUGUAUUCGCUAGAUUCGUGAGAAAAUAAAUGUAAUGUCAAAUAUCAUGGACCAAAAUAUUAAAUAAUG